CGUGGCCGAGGCUUCGAGUUCUGCUGCUGCGCCAUCCCGCUCAUCAACGUAGGCGCCUACCUCGUCGUAAUCGAAGUGGCAGUCGUCUCCUUCAUCAUCGGCAUCCUCGCCCUCGCUCCACACGCGAUCACUGCAGGCGAAGGCGUCAUCCCCUCGUGGGCCAAGGCCAUCGUAGCUGCCAUCGCAUUCGUCAAUUUCGCCUGGCAGUUUGUCGGCCUCGUAGCUAUCAAGCGCGAGACGACUGGCCUUUACCAUGCGUACGUGCGCAUUACCACCCUUCUCACUCUGGCCGUCAUUGCAGUCACUGUAGCCUUUGCGGUCCUCUCCGCAGUCAAGCACUCAGACGCCCAUCAGACGUGCAUCAACAAUUACGGUGCCUUGCCCUCCACCACCUCGUCCGGCUUCACCAACAGCGACAUCCAGCAGAACUACGGCGAUCAGAUUUGCAACUACUUCAUCUGGGCCCAGACAGGCGUCAUGUUCGGUUUGAUCGUCCUCUUUGGUCUCAUCCAGCUCUACAUGAACUUCUGCUCGCGAUCCUACGGUGCCAGCCAACGAUCU